AUGACCGACAAGCGUCUUCCUGUCACUCUCCUGUCCGGGUUCCUCGGAUCAGGCAAGACGACAUUGCUCGAGGAGAUCCUUCGGAACAGAAAGGGAAUGAAGUGCGCAGUGCUGGUGAACGACAUGGCGGAAAUCAACAUCGAUGCCAACAUUAUCAAGGACACUGCGCUCAUACAGAGGGAGGAGAAGAUCAUUGAACUGUCCAACGGCUGCAUCUGUUGCGACCUCCGUCAGGACCUGGUGGAAGAGAUCGGCAAACUAGCACGAGAUGGUCGGUUUGACUACUUGAUCAUAGAGAGCACGGGUGUGGCGGAGCCGAUGCAUACGGCAGAGAGUUUCGUGAUGAAUAAUGCGAGCAAGGCUGUGACUGCCCUGUCUUCCCUUUCCCGGCUGGACACGUGCGUGACUGUCGUCGAUGCGGCGAAUUUCUCAUCUGUGUUUGAGUCUGUUGAGCGAGUGCACGAGAGACACCAGGAAGCCCCGGCUGAAGACGAUCGGACAGUUGUAGACCUGAUGAUUGACCAGUUAGAGUUUGCAGAUGUCGUCAUUGUGAACAAGGUAGACCUUGUGUCUGCGAGGGAGGUCGAGCGGAUCAAAGAAGUCAUUUGCAAACUCAACCCAAAGGCAAACAUCAUCUCGACAAGUCACGGCAAAGUUCCUCUCGACCAGGUUGUGAACACUGGGUUGUUCUCUCUAGAGAAGGCAACCCAACACCCAGGAUGGGGCAAAUCGUUCUUGUACACUACACCGUUGACUCAGAUGGCGGAGACGAUCGAGUACGGUAUAACGAGCAUGGUGUACAGAUCGGAGAGACCGUUUCAUCCUAUGCAGGACGAUGUGAAGGAGCGGGAGAGGCAGAGGAAGGAGAUGGUUGCAGAGAUGCAGGAGGCGUGUUUGGGUCAGAUCCUGCGAUCUAAGGGAGUCAUGUGGCUCGCAACCUCCUCAGCCUACUGCAUCACUUGGAGCCAGGCUGGCGCUUUCCUUACGCUCAAGGCUGAAAGACCAUGGCUGUGCGAGACAGCAGAGAGCGACUGGCCGGAGAUGGAGGAGCAGACGAGGAACACGAUGCAGAAGAAGCUCAAGGAGAAUCCGCAUGGUGACAGGCGGACGGAGAUCGUCUUCAUCGGUACCGACCUGAACCGGGACAAGCUCAAGGAAGCGCUCGACGACUGCCUGCUGUCGGACGAGGAGAUGGCGAUGGGGAUAGAGGGAUGGAAGAGCUGGGUAGACCCCUUCGAGCUUUCAUGA